CUAAAAGAGAUGUUCAGCCAUCUCUAUUUAAAUACCUUUCAAUGUCUUCAAUUCUCUCUACGCUGACGAUUACCAGAUAAUAGUGAUCAACAGCAGCAGGCACUUGCACAAUUAACCAGAGAAUGGACUUCGUUAGCACAAUCACUGGUGUGAUUUUCGAUCAUGCAUGGGACCACGUUGGGCGCCACAUUGGUUACCUUCUUUCCUACAAACGCAAUAUCAACAAGUUGGAGAGAAAAUUUGAUGAACUUGAUGCUCUUCGGAAGGAUGUCCAAGAAAGGGUUGAUGCAACGAGACGUGAAAGACUUGAAGUGGUCGACAAUGUAGUUCAAAAUUGGUUGAUGAACGUGGACAGAAAGGAAAAGGAGGUAAAGAAAAUCAAAGAAAAUGCUUCCGCCAACAAGCACUUUCUACACAUAGGCUUGCACUAUAAGCUUGGCAAAGAGGCUGCUGAUCUUAUAAAAACCACUGAUGAUCUUAUAAGAGAAGGCAAGUUUGCUAGCGUGUCUCACAAGCAGCCACCCCCAAGCACUACCGAUUCACUGUUGUAUAAUGAAGGUUUCGUGAUUUUCGAUUCAAGGAAGUCACGUGCGAAGAAAAUACUUGAAGCACUGAAGAAUGAAGCUGUGCACUCAAUUGGGCUUUGCGGCAUGGGGGGAGUGGGAAAGACGAUGUUAGUUAAAGACGUCGCGAAGCAAGCCAAAGAGCAGAGCUUCUUUGGUGAGGUGGUGAUGGUGACCGCAUCACAAAACAUAGAUCUGAAGAAAAUUCAAAAAGAGAUGGCAGAGUGUUUGGGUUUCCCACUCAAUGAAGAAAAUGUAGUAGUAAGAGCUGCCAAGCUUGCUGAAAGACUGACAACGAAAAAAAACAAAGUGUUGGUGAUAUUAGAUGAUUUAUGGGAGCAGUUGCAUCUGUCAAAGGUUGGGAUUCGAUUUCCAGAGAUGGCUACCACUUGCAAAGUGGUGAUCACAACAAGAAACAAAGAUGUCUGCAAAAGAAUGAGCUGCAAAGAGAUAGUUGAGUUGAAUAAAUUAUCAGAUGAAGAAUCUUGGAGUCUAUUCAGGAGUAGAGCAGGGGAUGCCGUGGAGUCUCCCACAAUGAGGGAAUUGGCAUGGAAUGUGGCCAGAGAGUGUGAUGGUCUGCCUCUGGCAUUGGUGGUUCUUGGCGCAGCGCUAAAAGGUGAGAAACCAGAGCAUUGGAAUACAGUGUUGAAGCAGCUAAAAAAGUCGAUGGACGUGGAUCUCCUUGAUGUGAGUAAAGAAGUUUUUCAAUCCAUCAAACUUAGUUUCGAUAUUUUGAAGAAUGAGACAGCCAAGUCUUGCUUUCUGCACUGUUGUCUCUACCCUGAAGAUUAUGAUAUUCCUAAAGAAGAACUGAUGCAUUUGAUGGUCGGAGGGGACAUCUUAAUUGGUGUUGAAACUCUGAACGAUGCACAGGAUAGAGUGAAUCUACUGCUCGACCAGCUAAAAGCUCGUAGUUUGCUUCUUCAAGGUAAGGAUGAACGCUUUGUAAAAAUGCAUGAUGUUGUUAGGGAUGUGACGAUACAGAUCGGUGCUGUGGCAGAUCAUGCGUUCUAUUGCAGAGCUGGGCAAGGCUUGAAAGAGUGGCCUGUUGAAAGUGAGAUGCGAAAUUGCCGACGGCUUUCACUGAUGGGCAAUGAUAUUAAAGAUCUUCGUCCUGAUCCAAUGCAGUAUCCAAAACUUGAGAUGUUGAUCCUGAGAGACAACAGAAGGUUAUCAAGCAUCCCAGAAAUGUUCUUCCAACAUAUGGGAUCUCUGAUGGUUCUUGACUUGAGUUAUACAGAUAUUAAAUCGCUGCCAAAUUCACUGUCUUGUCUCACUAAUCUCAGAGCAUUGAACCUGAGAGGUUGUCGUGCUCUAGAAGAUAUUUCUCACAUUAAUGGGUUGAAGAUGCUUGAAAUACUUAUUCUGGAAGAUUGUCCGGUGUCCAUUGCUCCAGAAGGUGUAAAAUGGGCGCAGAAUGUGAGAUUUGUUGAUUUGGGUAUUUCAGUGAUGAAUGAUUAUUUUUCCAAGGAAUUUCCAAGAUUUCACAGGCUAGAACAAUUGUUCAUGAGCAAGUUUGCAGGUAGCUUUAGAGAGUUGAUCUUAAGUUUGAGGCAUCUAACUCACCUAUUCAUCGACCAAGUGGUGGACUUAGAUGAUUCCUUAUCACAUGAACUAGUCUCACCAGGUUCUUGGCCUGAUCGACUUCAAGACUUCAGCAUUAAUUUUCUCCCAGAACAUGUACAGUACUGGUAUCAUCUUCAUCUCUUGGGUAGAAGACGUUUGGGACUGAUGGGAACCAAUCCCUUGGCUGUUUGGGUCAAGAAAUUACUUGAAAAAACUCAAAAUUUGGCAUUAGCAGAAUUUCAGGAAACUGAACUGAGUUCCAUCGACUGCCUCUUGCUCUCAAGUUUGGAGUAUCUUACAAUUGUCAACUGGCCAAAUUUGAUCAAGUUGUUGGGUGAUGAGCGAUUAUUGCAUGAACAAAUGAACCUCAGCCAACUCAAACAAAUGAGAAUAGACAAUUGUCCCAGGUUAAUCAGUUUAAUACCAUCAAGCCUUUGGGGGAGUAUGCAGAAACUAGAGUAUGUAAGGGUUAAGGCCUGCCCUAUGAUGCUGGAACUGUUUCCAUUCGAGUGCCCACCAAACUUGAAGAAAUUGCAUAUCGAUAAUUGUGGAGUGAGAUAUGUAGUUUCAUCUGAGAUGGACACAGUGGCAAUAUUGGCAGAUCCUUCUCCAGCACUAGAGAAUCUUCAUAUCAGAAAUUGCCAAAAGAUGAUUGGGAUGAUCUCUCCCUCUGCUUCUUUGCAAACCCCGUGCUUCUUACAGCGACUUGAAUUUCUCUUGAUCAAUUCAUGUCCAAGACUUACGCAUCUUUUCUCCUACAAGCAAGCAAUAAGCAUGCAACAUUUGAGUGAUCUUUUUAUAGAAGAUUGUGCUGCAUUGGAAGCUGUGGUGAUUUCCACGGAAAAUAAGGAGGAAGCAUCUUCAAGCGCACAUGUUGCUGAUCAUGAAUCUAAUAGCCUUUUCCCUAAUUUGAUAAAUCUUGUCUUAGAUCAUUUGCCUCAACUCACUGCCUUCCAUCACCCCACAGAGAAUCUUGAGAUCAUAAAUUGCCAAAAGAUGAUUGGGAUGAUCUCUCCCCUUGCUUCUUUGCAAGUCCCGUGCUUCUUCCAGCGACUUAUAAAUCUCACGGUCAAUUCAUGUCCAAGACUGACGCAUCUUUUCUCCUACGAGCAAGCAAUAAGCAUGCAACAUUUGAGUGAUCUUUCUAUAAGCAAAUGUGCUGCAUUGGAGGCUGUGGUGAUUUCCACCGAAAAUAAAGAGGAAGCAUCUUCAAGCACACAUGUUGCUGAUCAUGAAUCUUAUAAUAGCCCUUUCCCUAAUUUGAGAAGACUCAUGCUACGUAAUUUGCCUCAACUGACUGCCUUCCAUCACCCCACAGCACCGCCCGUGGAGUGGUUACACCUUGAAAGAUACGUCAUACGUGAAUGCCCAAAACUACAGGAGCCUUUGAAGGAACAAAUUCGAGCACUACGUUCACGUAGGGCUAGGAUGAAUGAAGGAGAGGAUUCAGAGGGAGAGGAUUCAGAAGAAGAGGAUUCAGAUGAUUUGUAACCUGAUUGGUAUCUUGAAGGAUAAAGGCCACUUAUCACUAUGAAUGCAGGUGGAAUGGAACAACUCGAAGAAAUACAUGUAGAAGACUGCAAUGCAUUGGAGAGAAUUGUGAUUUAUGAAGAAGAAGAAGAUGAUGAUGAUGAAUGCUUGUUUCCUGUACUGAAUAAGGUUGCCUGAACCGUCUCUGGAAUAUCUUGAUCUCAGGUCAUGUGCUAACAUUAUGUAGACUCCGCUGCUUGGUCCCUUGACAUCUGAAAGAAUUUGAUUGCUUGUAAAUGGAGGCAGUCUUGAUCUUCAUGAGUGACUUUCUGAUUGUGUUUGGUUUGGUUCUGUUUAUUUAUUGUUUCAAAUUUCCGCUGUUGUUUGGCUGCAGAUGGUGAAUUUGUUGUGUUUGUUUGUAUUUUGCUGCUUUUGAUAAAAAGGUUGUUGUUAUUGCUUCUAUUUAUUUGGGAUUUGAAUUAAACUCUAUUGUAAUGUAUUGUGUGGACUUUUAUAAAUUGUUUGGGAUUAAUAAAAUGUUGAA